GGCUUGCAGAAUGGGAGCACAGGAAUCGAGAAAUGGCAACUAUGGUCUGAUGGGUGCUAGUGCUGUUGUGGCCAAUUUGAACAAGCAGGUACAGAGUGCUCGCCCGUGGUCGUUGCUUCACCAGUGUUCUCUGGACCAGUGGAAUAGUGGACAUGGAGCUGCAGCAGCAUUCUCUGAGACUACCAUGACCUGUAAUGGUGUCCUGUUUAAAGACUGCAGUCCGGCCUUCUGCAUCAAUCGCCAAGGCUUACUGAAUGUCAAUAAAGCUGAGCCAUUCUUCAGCUUUCGGAGGAAGAGCAAGUUCACCAAGAUGGCUGAGCACUUUGAGUACAACCACAUCCCUGCUCACUUGUCAUCAAUCCAGAACUUCCAUGUAAACAGUGUCCUGUGUUGCCAAGGACAUACAGUUAUUCUGCAUUUGGUUCGAAACCUCAUGACCCAGUUUGGUAUUAUUGAUCUUAAGGCUAACAAAUUCCUUGGCAUUUUUGGAAAUCAACGAGUAGAGUUUAUCAAUGAGGCUUUGAUUGGUGAGAUAUCUCCGGAUGGUACUUUAUGUUUGAUCAAACUUCCAACUACCAAGAUUGGAGGAAAUGGUUUUGUGUUUCAGCUCUACAAGCUCAGCACAAGGGAGUUGAUUUCAGAAGUCGAUUUGGCAUACAAUCAUGCACUGUUCGUAUUCGAUCCCCGCUGCUGCACCACGAGGAUUGCGGUGACCAGUUUUGUUCCCAAUGAAGACAACAGCUUGAGCCUGGUGAGGAUUCCUUCGUGGGAUGUCAUCGCCACCAACUCCAGAGUGGAUGACUUUAACUCCAGUCUCAACCCUAACCUGAAAAAUUUAAAGUUUUCUAGAGAUGGGCAUCUGAUCUUUGCUGUGAUGAUCACCAGCGGUUGCCACUGUAAGGAGAAGAAGGCUCGAAGGUUCCGACCCAUUGAUGUCAGCGUCUAUGUAUUUGAUGGAGACACUGCUCAUACAUUACACUGUGUCCAGUACCACCGAUACGCUUGUGGUCAGCAUUCUUGCCUAGUCAACUACAUGCCUGUGUUCUCAGAAUGUGGCAGCCGCAUGGCCAUUGUGCUUAAUGAUCUAGAAACACCCAUUGACCACGUGCAGAUCUACAAGCUCCCCAUCAGAGGAAGUCUUCAGAAUCGGUGUAGGAUUCGCAUCUUGCAGACGUUCCCACCAGAGACGAUUAAAAACUUGCCCCUGCCAUGUAGACUAAUUAACUACUUGCGUUUUCAGCCAGACUAUUUGUGA